UUCUUCUUCUUUAGAAAACGUCACGCCGUAGUAAACGCUAAACAACAACCUGGACUUUCACGAUACGCUCUUCAAAAAUUGAAAAUAUUCGUUUUUACUUUUCCAAGAGUUUUACGCAAUAUUAAUAUAACGGCGUGUCAACAGAACGGCUCUUCGCGAAUCUUGUGAGUCAUUUGUUCAGUUUCAUGCCUCUAAAGAUUGCCAGAAGUUGGUUGUAGUAAACUUGAAAAUGGAGCACAAUCAUCCUGUACAUGAAGAUUUCGUUAUGGAUAAAAGACGUGUUGCAAGAAUUCCCAGUAUCUUUGAUUCUGAUGAUGAAGAAGAUGAUACUUCUCAAAAUACUGGUUUCUCACAGGAAGACAACUCAGAUGGUGAUGAUCAUUGUAAGUCACCAGUUGCUGGACAAUCAUGUGUUGAGGAAUCAACUUCAAGGAUGGCAAGGGAAGAAAAUGAAGAGAUGUCAGAUGUGGAAGAUGAGAACAAAAGUGAAAAUGACUCCAGUCAUGGUGAAAGUAAAACCAGUGUAAAAGACAAUGACGGAGAUGAUGAACAGGAUGCAUUAGACACAGAUGAAGAGCAAAAUUCUAAGAAUUUCGAGGAGGUCACAGAUAGGGGUUCUGCUCUUAGUUAUAAUGUGGAUGAUGAAGAAAUUUUGGAAGAGGAAGAAGGUGAAGUUGUAAAAGAUAAUGAUAGUAGUGCUGUAAAUGAGGUUGAAGAUGAGAAAGAACCCCUUGAUGAGGACGAAGAUAUGGAAUAUAGAGGGGAUAGUAAUGGUGUUAAUGAUUCAAAUGAUAAUAGUGAUGAAUUUGGUGAAGUGGAGGAGCAUGAAAAUUUGGUUGAUGAAGAGUUUCUUUCUGAUGAGGAAAUGGAUGAUAAAGAUGAGGAGGACGAGGAAGACUUUGAAGAGGAAUUAGUAAGUGUUGAAGGUAAUGAGGUUAAUAAACAUGAUCAAGAAGAAGGUGACGAUGAAAUGGAAGAUUUUGAUGAUCUAGAAGACCUAAAUGAUGCAGAAGAUAAUACUGAAGAUAUAGAGGAAGGGGACGAGACUGAAAAUGAAUUGGAGGAUGAUGAAGGUAUUGGUGCUAGAAUGGAUGAAAAUGACACUGGAGUUGUUAGAGAUGAUGUUACUGAUGAAGAGUCAUUAAUUGAUGAGGAAGAAGAAGCAGCUAUGGUAGAAAAUGAGGCAAAUGAUAGUUUAGAGACUUCAACUAGUGACAAGGAUAUUGAAGAAACUGAAGAAGUUUGUAGUAAUGGUGAAUUGAUUGAAGAAGUUUGCAGUAAUGAUGAAUUGGUUGAAGAAGUUGGCAGUACUGAGGAAUUAGUUGAAGUUGGUAGUAGUGGUGAAAGGAUGGAUAAAAAACGUAGUAGUACGUGUGAAAUUUCUGAUAGUUGUAAGGUUGGUGAUGAAGCAGGCACCAACAGUGUUGACAAUGACAAGGAAGAAGAGUUUGAUAAUAAAGAUGACAGCUCUGUCUAUGAAGACGGAAGUGAUGGCUAUAUCAUUGAUUUGAAUGGCAGUGAAGAGGAAAGUGGUCAAGAGGGUACAAAGCUUGAGGAUAGAGAAGAUAUAAUUGAUUCUUCAACCUCCUGUUCUUCUUUUGGCUCAGAGGGCAAAUCAAAGUUUGUAAAGACUAAGGAGGUCUCUCAAACAAAUUUAGAACCUGAAAUAACAAAUCAGAAUGAUGACAUGGAAAAUUCUCCCAAACCUCCAGAAACAAUGGAGGUUACUAGUGAAUUUGCUUCAGAUCAGACAGCUAUGAAGGAAAAUGUACUCAAAGACAAGGUACCAGAGACAACUGUAAGGAGAAAAAUUCCCCUAAUUAGAGUUCCUGUGCGAAUUGAAGACAUUUACACUGAUUCAGAGGAUGAUUCAAAAAAGACCCCAAAAGAUGCCAAAACUAGUGAAAUCAAGGACGACAAUGACCAAGAUGACCAAAACAAUAUUGUCUCUGUCAUUUCUCAGUCUGAAAAUGUUGAUCCAGAAUCUUUGUCACCAGAUUCAGCUGCUCAGGCAUGCUCUUCUAAAGGUGAACGUCCAAGAAUCUGGGUAUCAUCUUCAUUAUUUGAUAAGAAAAAUGCAUCAAAGUCUGUAGAUAAAAUUCCCAUUGAUGUUGAGCCUCAUGCUACCAAGUCUGUACGCCCACACAUUAGGACUCAGAAAAGUUUCAAUAAAGAAAAAUGCCUCUUUGCCCUGAAACAAGGUUGGAGGCGUGAGAUGGUGCAUCGUGCCACUUUUGAUGUAAAUACUCCCAAUAGAGUCAGAGCUGAUAUUUACUAUUAUACUCCGGAAGGAAAAAAACUGAGAUCAAGAGUCGAGAUUGAAGAUUAUCUUUUACGGAAGGGUAUAACUGACCUGACUAUGGACAACUUUACUUUUGCAAAGGAAUCAGUUGGUGGUACUAAUGAGCAAGAACAGAUUCGUCAUGCUGUAAAGGGAACACCUGGCUUAACUCCACGACAGAAGAUUGACACAGCAAACCAAAAUACUAUUACGCCAUCAUUACCAGCAGGGGAAACUGUGAAAAGGGGCAGACCUCGUAAAAUUGCCAAAGGGGAAUCACCUGCCAAGAAGAUGAAAACUGCAUCUACAUUUAAAGUUCCCAUGAUAGAGAAGAAUGAAAACAAGAGCACUACAUUUAGAAAAGCAACAAUACUUAAAGGAAUUGAAAAGUCACUGUAUUCAAAUGUAGUGAAGGUUUCUACUGGUCCUGCAAGACCAUUGACUGCAAUUCAACCAUCACCUACAUGGAAAUCAUCUCCUUCAACCCCCAAAGGUUCACAGAGUUCGAAGACUGAAGCAACUACUUCAACAACGGUGCCACGUAGUCAUUUUAUUAACAAAAAUCAUGUUGUGUUCACAACAAAGCUCUGCAAUUCGAUUGGACUCCCUGUUCGUAUUUUAACACCAAUGUUAUCUGAAAGGACUCGUCAGCAGCUUUUUCAUUGCACUGGACAGUGUCAGCUUGGUGCAGGGACAGUACCAAGCUUGCAGUGUAUAAAAUGUUUGUGUCUCUUCCAUGGUCAGUGCACAUUUAUGCCAGCGGCUACUGUUGAACUUAUUCAGUCAGGAGGUGCUAAGUUUCUCUGCCCUAAUUGUUAUAAGGAAAAUAAAGAAAAUGCUGAUAACUUGAAAUAUACACCUCCAACUCCACAUGAACUCUUAAUUCAAGAUCCCACAUCAUCAGAAUCAGAAACUGGAGAUGAAAUGUAUGAGUCGCCAAGUAAUCUUCUAACAGGUUAUGUAAGAGUAAACUUCAAACGAAAAUUUUCACUUCCCACUCCUCCUUCAUCUCCUGUACCUGAAGUAAAUGGAAAUUUAGAAGACCUCGGAAACAAGGAUGAAGGUAAACAGACUGGUGUGAUGUCCAGUUCCUUCCCAAGUCACUCGUCCACCACAAGUACCCUCUCAUAUGGUCAGCACCAUGUAGCAAGUAAUCCAGUGCUCAACCCAAAUGUUCCAAAUUCUCAAAAUCCUGUGUUGGGAGUGGGCCCUGGAGGACAAAUAGUACAGAUUCCAGCUACUUCUGUUGGGGGUCCACGCUUAAUUUUUGUUCGUCCACCACAGACUAAUUCAAAUGUCCAACACAUGCCUCAAGUAGGACCUAGAGCUGUUUAUAUUCCAUCAAUAGGAGGUCAGGUACCACUUAUGUUGUCUGGUGCUGGAUCCUCUUACAGUACUCCACCAACCCAUUAUGUGAAUGGAAGUAAUCCUCCUGCAUCAUCCCAGUUGUAUGUUAAUUCUGGUGUAGAGUAUUCACACCCAAUGUCAUCAACUAUGGCUCCGGUGUCUAUGCAAGAAAAACAAAAAACGCCACCAAGGUCUCAUACUAAGGUAAUUGCAUCUCAAAAGAAAAAUUUCUUUCAAGAAUUGAGUAUGAGCUACCAACUUCUGUUACGAGUCUUCAAGUACCUGAAUGCUAAAGAUUUAUUAGUCACAUCAUGUGUGUGUUUAAUGUGGAGAGAUUUAUCCUACAGUUCUGCUCUUUGGAGCACAUUAAGGUUACGGAACAUAUGCGUUAGGAACUGGAAUUUGCUUGCUAUGUUUCUUGAAAGAAGAAAUACAAGAAACAUUGACCUUCGUAAAAUGGUAUUCAGAAUAAAUUCCUCGGCUGCGGACCAAGAGGAGUACUCAAAAGCAGACUCUUCAUUUGAUUCACCUACUGUUCAAAAUACAUAUUCCUCAAAAAAUAAAAGACUUUCAGGGGAAAGCUACACAACAGAGAACAAAGGUGAUCUUAAGGAUGAAGAUGCACCUCAUGAUAAUCAGCCCAUGGAUUUGUCUUCAUCUUCCUCAAAGAGAGUAGUAUCUCCUGUUAAAGAAGCUUCUGUCAGUCCUGAGAAAACAUUUUCUUCAAAUGCUGAAGGUGAAAUUGUUUCUAGUUUUGCAAAGCAAGAUAGUAUGAUGCCUAUUAAAGGGAAUUCUGAAAGUCCUUCAGUAGAUUUUGCUGGGUCUUCCCUUAAAAAUACUGAACUAUCCACCAAAGAAGGCUUAUGUAGCUCUGCGAAAGUCACUGAAAGUAAUGUUGAAAAUUUGUCUGCAAGUUGUACUAAAGAGGGUUCUCUUCUUGUUACUGGUUUAACCACAGACAGUGAUGUUACAGAGAGAAAAUAUGUUAAAGAAACUGAUAAAGAUCAUUCAAAAACCCAAAGUACAGUUGGCAAUAAGGGUGAUAACCCCUCAGGUAAUAGUAAGUUAAGAUCUGAAGAGAACAUCAUAAACAUUUCUUCUUGUAGUGAGGAAGAGCCAAUGGAGAUUGAUGAUUUACCAAUUGAUAAUACAGAAGUUACCAGUAAAGUAAGCAGAAAUGAUGGGGAAGUCCAGGAAAAAGUGAAUGGUAAGCAGCAGGUGCGUGUUGACAAACUACCUUACAAGAGCACUCCUAUUGCUUCUGAUUGCAUAAGUGAAAGGAUUCGGCAGAAAAGGGAAGGAAAAAUUAUAGUGGCUGCUGUCACAGAGGAUGAUAACAUUGCUACAAAAAAGAUGGAGAUGGACACAUGGCGUCAUAUUUGUGAGGCUUUAGGAACUGUAAGGUGCUUAAGAUCUGUUGUUCUCCCACCUUGUAUGCCUGAGGUGCUGCAUCUGAUGCUCAGCAACUGCAAAAACGUUACCUCAGUUACAGCAGCAGAUAUAAUUUCAUCCUCGGAUGUAGAAUUUGAUCCUGCUUAUUUUAUGGAAGCUCCAAGACUAAAGGAGAUCAGAAUAGGAUCAGCUCAGGGCCUCUCCUUCACCACAAAUUUCAAUUUUAUCAAAUUGCAAGAACUGAAAGUUUUAGUUGUAAAGGGUUAUGUUGGUAGCUGCUGGCCAUAUUUAGGUACAAACCUGACUUCCCUCCAUCUUGGUCCAUGUCACAAUUUCACUCAUCAAACAUGGAUGAAUAUUGGCAGCAUGAAAAAUCUUAGAGCUUUAUGGCUGGAAGAUGGAGGAUCAUCAACUGAUAACCACAUGGUUGAAGCCAUAAAUCAGCUAACUCAGUUGCGUCGUUUGUGCCUUUUUAAUUUUGUGGUUGGGGUGAAAUUAGGUAUUGCUUUGAAAAAGCUUACUAAAUUGGAACGUCUAUUUGUCCUUCAGAAUUCAUCUGGUGAGGAGAAUAUGGGUGUAAAGAAUCACAACAUGUUAGCCGUGACUGAGCAUCUGAGAUAUGUCGACGAGUUGGUUUGGGCAGUUUCUUCACAGGAUGUCAAAGUUAUCAAUGGUGUAGAUCACAUGCAUAUAUCAAGCCCAAAAGUGAAGAGUUACCCAAGUCUUUCAGCAAAGGAAAAUGCAAGUGACCAGUGGCCCUUAAAGUUGAUAGAAACUGUAAUCAAGCGCCAUCUUCCCAAUACUAAUGUUCGCAUAAUGAAACUUGAUCCAGCUACUGCUACUCGUAUGGCAUUGUCCACUUUGUGAUGCAUCGAGUACAAAGGAAGUUUUUUUGACAAGUCUCUAUGUUUAUGGUUUUAGCAAGUGGCAGAAAUAUGCUGUUCUAUACCGAGACUUUUCUACAGUGGUAGUAGUUUUUAUCAGUAUUUUGUUUGAAAAUAUUUUGUCCUUUCAUUCAUAUUUUUAUUAUCCAGAAGUUGUAAAUAUACAUGAUUAGAUUUAGCAAAGUUUUAACCUAUCAUCUUGUAAAGAUUGUAUUCAGAUCAACUGAAUGUUGUUUCAAUCUGCACUUUUGUUAACAAUUAUUAUUUAAAGAUAAGUACCAUGUACAAAGAUUUUAUCAAGUUUUCUAAAAAAAAUAAUUUUUUUAAUGUA